CCCAACAACAAUCCCGCUUUUCCUCUGUUUCUGUCGCUCGUCUUCUUCAGCUUCUCAAUUCCAUGCAGAUCCCAAAUUAAAACCCUAAUCGACAUUAAGGUUCUUAUCUUUUCGUCAAUGGAUUCUCUUCAAGCCAGUUACAGAGACGAAGACGAAGAAGACGCGCUAACCAAGCAACCAGCCCUCGCUACCGACGCAACCUCCACUGAUUUUGAAUCCACUGAUCCACCCACCUCGGUAACCCAACUCAAUAAAGAUGGCGGAAUCGAUAACGAUGCUGGACCUGAGAACGGCGCCGGAGUUAUGAAUGGUGGUCUACCUCAGAACGACUUCCGACCUGGACCCGAAUGUGGGCCAUCCGAAUCUCUAUCCGAGGACGACCCGACGGCAUCCUCUGACAACCAGAAAUCCCCGAAACAUGUCAAUAAUGCGGUGCAAAAUGGUGACUUGGAUGACGAAGACGACGAGGAAGAAGAGCCACCUCCAAAGAAGCAGAAACAGCUCUCCUCUUUAACCUCGCUGUCAUCACUACCACCGCUGAAUCAACACUCCCCGGAGAAAGAAGCACUGCCUAAGGUUGAUGGAACAAAUGCGACGCCUACAACGACAGCAGCAAAAAAAUCGAAGAAGAAGAACAACAACGUGUGGGUGACAAAGACUUCCCGAAAAGGAAAGAAGAAGAAUAAAGCCAAUAACCAGAAUGCUGCCUCAGCCGAGGAUACAGUUCUGAUAACUCCGGUCCCUAGAUUCCCAGACAAAGGGGAUGAUACUCCGGACAUGAAAAUCUGCUUAUCGAAAGUCUAUAAGGCGGAAAAAGUUGAGCUGAGCGAGGACAGACUUAGUGCUGGCAGCACCAAGGGGUAUAGAAUGGUCAGAGCCACUAGAGGGGUUGUAGAAGGAGCUUGGUACUUUGAAAUAAAGGUGGUGAAGUUGGGGGAGACGGGCCAUACCCGUCUCGGCUGGUCGACAGAGAAAGGGGAUCUGCAGGCACCUGUUGGCUACGAUGGGAAUAGUUUCGGGUACAGGGACCUUGAUGGGAGCAAGGUGCAUAAGGCUUUAAGGGAGAAGUAUGGAGAAGAAGGGUACAGGGAAGGUGAUGUUAUUGGGUUUUAUAUCAACUUGCCUGAGGGUGCAUCGUUCGCGCCUAUGCCGCCCCAUUUGGUUUGGUAUAAAGGGCAGAGAUAUGUGUGUGCGCCGGAUGCCAAGGAGGAUCCCCCUAAAGUGGUGCCAGGAAGUGAGAUAUCUUUUUUCAAGAACGGAGUAUGCCAAGGAGUUGCUUUCAAGGAUUUAUAUGGUGGUCGUUACUACCCUGCUGCUUCAAUGUAUACUCUUCCAAAUCAACCAAAUUGUAUGGUGAAAUUCAACUUUGGGCCAGACUUUGAAUGUUUUCCAGAGGAUUUUGGUGGACGUCCAGUUCCCAGGUCCAUGGUUGAGGUUCCCUAUCAUGGAUUUGACAAUCGAAUUGAAAAUGGUGUGACCAAUGAUAAAGAUAAGAAAAUUAGCUGUCAAGCAGCGCUUUCAGCCUUAUUAUGAGUGUCGGGUUGGAGAUGGUCUGAGUUUGGCAUUCCAUUGUAAUAUUGGUCACUGUUAAAUUUAGUAUUAACAAUGAGCAUAUGAAUUUUGUAAAUUCGAUUUUUCCUUAAAAUUUUUAAAAAGAGUUGAUUUCAGAUUUGGCAGUUGAUAAUUAUAAACAAAUUAUAACUUGA